GCUCGCCCGCCCGCGGCCGUGGCAGCGUCCCUGGGGGUGGGGCUCCGUAGCGGGCGGGUCGCCCCUUGUCCCGGGAAGGCCUUUUGGCCCGGAGGCGGGGCCGGCCGGGCUAGGCCGCUUGGGUGCAGAACGGCGCGAGCAAACCAUGGCAAGGGCUUUGGCAGCAGGCGGUACAGCACACAGAGUGAUUGUGCAUAUUGACCUGGAUUGCUUUUAUGCACAAGUAGAAAUGAUCCAUAAUCCUGAAUUGAGAGAGAAGCCUUUAGGUGUACAACAGAAAUACUUGGUUGUAACCUGCAAUUAUGAGGCUAGAAAACUUGGAAUUAAGAAACUUAUGUCUGUCAGAGAUGCUAAGGAAAAAUGUCCACAGCUGAUACUAGUUAAUGGAGAAGACUUAACUCCUUACAGGGAAAUAUCAUACAAGGUUACAGAACUAUUGGAAGAAUUUAGUCCACUGGUGGAAAGGCUUGGGUUUGAUGAAAAUUUUGUGGAUAUCACAGAGAUGGUAGAGAAGAAACUAGGACAGCUACAAAGGGAUGGAUCGUCCAAAGUGUCUGUGUGUGGUCACGUGUAUAAUGAUCAAUCUAUCUGUUUACAAGAUAUGAUGCAUGUAAGACUUAUCAUUGGAUCUCAGAUUGCAGCAGAAAUGAGGGAAACCAUGCACAACAGACUGGGUCUUACAGGGUGUGCAGGAGUGGCUUCUAAUAAGUUGCUAUCAAAACUAGUAUCUGGUACCUUUAAACCAAAUCAACAGACAGUACUUCUGCCUGAGAGUUGUCACCACCUAAUAGAAAGCCUUGAUCACAUCAGAAAAGUGCCCGGCAUUGGUUUUAAGACUACCAAGCGGCUUGAGUUGCUGGGUCUCAGUAGUAUACGUGAUCUCCAAACCUGUUCUCCUGAGAUAUUAGUAAAGGAACUGGGAGUUGCAGUUGCUGAGCGGAUCCAAAAACUCAGCUGUGGAGAGGAUGAUUCUCUUGUGACCCCCUCUGGACCUCCACAGUCUUUUAGUGAUGAAGAUUCCUUUAAAAAAUGUUCAUCAGAAGUAGAAGUUAAAAAGAAAAUUGAAGAAUUACUCACUAAUCUUUUAGACAGAAUACACAAUGAUGGAAGAAAACCACGUACAAUAAGAUUAACUAUUCGUCAGUUUUCACUAACUAAUAAAUGGUUUAAUCGGGAGAGUCGUCAAUGCCCUAUUCCACCGCACAUCAUCCAGAAAUUUGGGACAGGAACCUAUGAUGUUGUGUCCCCACUGGUUGAUGUCCUUAUGAAGCUGUUUCGAAAGAUGAUAAACGUGGAGAUGCCGUUUCAUAUUACCCUUCUGAGUGUCUGUUUCUCCAACCUCAAAGCCCUGCCUAGCUGCACCAGAGGAUCCAUCGGAUUUUAUCUAACUCGGACAUCAUCCCAUGCAAGUGCUCGCACAUGUAUUCAAGAAAUGGAAAGUGUUCCACAAGACCAGGCACACUGUUGCAGUUCUGCACCAGCUGAAAGAACUGAAAGUACAACAGACGGAAAACCUUCACUAGAAACCAAAAGCUCCACGGAGGAAACAAGAAUUCCCGAGUACCCACUUCACUUGCUUCCUGCUGGUCUUGACCAGGAAGUCUUCAGUCAGCUUCCAGUAGAUAUUAAAGAAGAAAUUAUUUCUGGCAGCAGCAGGGCAAAGAUUCAUACAGAAAAUAUUUUGGAUCCACCAUUACUUGUUUCUACACAAGCACCACCAUAUUUUGCCCAAGAAAAAAUGCAAAACACUUUCCCAAAUUUCCACAAAGUAGAUCAUAGUAUCAGCUUUUCAGCGCACACUGAAUUCUUUACAUCUACCAUUGAGCCAGUGACAGCCAUGGUACAGAGGUCGACUCCAGGUUGUACUCCUGCAAAUUCCCUAAUGGAUGACUGCAUAGAACAAGAGCCCACAGAAUCACUCCAUUUCAAACAGAAAGACUCAGUUGUUUCAAGCCUGCAAAACCAACAACCUUUUCUGCAGCCUCAUUAUUCGGGCGCACAGGAACAGGCUCUUGAAAAGGUUUCUCAGGCUGAAGGUUCUAGAGGACAAGAAUCACAUGAAGCAAAAAUUGUAUUCCCUGUUAAUGUUGACCCAAAGACUUUUUUUGAACUACCUACAGAAGUGCAAAAGGAACUACUGGCUGAGUGGAAGAAUCAAGAGCCUGUUUCCAAAAUGCGCAUGAAUAAACCAUGUGAAAAGCUAAAAACGAGCAAAGGAAAAAAGAAUGCAGCAUUGUGUUCAUCACAGUCUAACAGUUUACUAAGGUAUUUUAAACCAAACUGAUGACUGUGUUUAUAAUACAGAGAUGAUUGGCAUAAAAAAUUUCAGAUAAAACAAAAUUGCCAUAAGAACGGGCACUUAAAAGUCAAUCACUUUUACAGUAAAGAAACUUACAUUGUAACAUUAUGACUGUACAUAAAAACUCACUAAGACCAUCUCAGCAAUGAAGAGCUUCAUUAACACUACAUGUUCUUUUGUUAAAGUAGCAGACAUAUAUUUUAUUUGGUCCAAAGUACAGGAUAGGGCUGGUUUCCACCUCCCCACCUCAUUCUCUCCCUCUUUCUUUGAGUCUUCCAGUUGUAUUAUCCUCAUUGAAAAGCUACAUUCACUGAAAAGUUGCAGAUACUUAAUGAAACUUGUUCUUGUAUCAGCCAAAUUGUAUUAAUUAGGCAUUGGUUUCCACAGCUAAAUCCUUUUUUUAUUAAACCCUUAACAUACAGGAAAUGCUUACUUUGUGGAGAAAAAGAUCCUGUGAACCUGCUGGCACACUGAAAAUGUAUGGCUGUUUAUGUUAAUUCUUACUUCUAUAACUGCUAGAGAAGGAGCAUGGGGUGAACGGAAAACCUUCUCCAUGUGUUUCUUAAACUUUCAAAAACAUUUUUAUGAUAUGCAGCUAGAAUGGCCAAAAAGAGGUUGUCAGCAUUUCCUGCAGUUAAAACUACCAGCUGCAAAGGUUGUGGGCUCUUGAAAUUAGCAGACAAGAAAUGCCCUUUUGCUGGUCAUUAUGGUUUAAUGAAAACAUUCCCAGGUUGUUCAUGGUAAGAACAAUCCCUUUUCCAUUUCUGAAUGUCGUGGAUUUGCUGGUUUCAGGAUGCAGACAGUAGCAACAUGCCUUAAAGAGAUGUUCUUUAUAACAUACAAGAACUCAAUUCCUAGCCCAUGAAUCCACUGUUUUAUAACUACUCCAGGAUUUUUUCUUUUCUUAUGAACAUAUCAUAAGCUAACCAGUCUUAAUGUUCAGCCCUCUUGAUCAGGUCACUUAUAUGGACCUCAUUUUGACAAGUUACUUAAGGAUAGUAUUAAGUUGCUGAAGUAAUUAUAGCACCUCUCAUUUUAAAAAAAAUCUUACCAAUGAACAAUUUGACAUUUAAAAUUUAGCUAAUUACUGUUUGAAUGUAAUUUGUAAUAAAUGUAUUUACAAUUACUAAUACUUCUUUGAGUCAAAAUUAAAUAAUUUGAGUUAUAAAACUAGGCCAUGUUGCUUAAAAUAUACAUAUGUAAAACUAUGGCAAAAUAUUGAUUAGUCUGUCAGUGUAACAUACUUAUCAACACUUAUGAUAUUUUACAUAAUCAAGUUAUUUCACAGUAGCUUUAUACAAUAAAGUGCUAGUGUGUUACAAAAUA